GUCGUGGUUGCGGAAGGAUGUGGACAAAGUUUCCUCAAGUUAGUCGCUAAAAAGAAAAGGACCAAGUAGUCAAUAAAACAGCGACGAAAAAUACCUUUUUAAGACAGAACUCGUUUUCCCGCAGCGUUUUUACACCAUGGAUACGGCUGUGCAGAACCUGCAGAGUUUAUAUGAUAAGCUGAUGUCGCAAGUUCACCUUCUCAAUGAGAACAUUGAUCCCAGCUUCAUUCAGAUGGCACAGAACUUUGAGGAUUGCCGUCGCAAAUGGCUGAGAGCAGUGCAAGAACUGGGAGCUAGUAAAGAGAUCCUCACCAAAACAGAGACAGAGAGGGGAGCCUUGGAAGUUAAACUGAAACAUGCUCGCAAUCAAGUAGAUGUUGAGAUCCGGAGGAGGCAAAAGGCUGAGGCUGACUGUGAGAAGUUGGACCGUCAGCUUCAGCUGAUCCGGGACCUCCUGACCAGUGAAGGAUCUUCUAACAGCAUCCAGCUCAGUGCAGAGCAACGCUCAGCACUUGCCUUCCUCAAUACAAACUGUCAAGCAGCAUCCAAUCUGAACACCAGCCGGAGACUGAUGACAAUAGACGAAUCUGCCUCGAUUUUGUCGGAUAUCAGUUAUGAUAAAACUGAUGACUCUCUUGACUGGGAUUCUUCUGCAGUGAGGACAGUCCGCCUCAAGAGACGUGAGAAAAGGCGCUCAUCUAGAAAUCAUGUUGACGGUCCUCCUGUUGCAUCCAAGAGGACUCGCUCAACAGGAAGGAGUUCAGAGAAGGGAAAUGAGACCCUAGUGACAAAGACCACAGUGACAGUCCCUACUAAUGGAGGACCUGUUGAGGCCAUUUCAACCAUUGAGACUGUUCCUUAUUGGACUCGUAGCAGGAGAAAGACGGCGGCUAUGGAUUGGGAUUCUGAAUCUGUCAAGUCUGAGGAUGUCUUUAAGCAGCCCACCAACCCUGAGGGAGAGAUAAGAGCUCAGCCCAGCACUCCACAGAACAAUGGAGGUGUCCGUCUCCACGAGUUUGUCUCCAAGACGGUCAUUAAACCAGAGUCCUGUGUGCCCUGUGGAAAGAGAAUCAAAUUUGGAAAGAUUUCCCUCAAGUGCCGAGACUGCAGAGUGGUCUCACACCCAGAGUGUCGUGAACGUUGCCCCCUGCCAUGCAUCCCAAACCCCUGUGCCACACCAGUCAAAAUUGGGGAGGGCAUUCUUGCAGACUACGUCUCAGACACCUCUCCUAUGAUCCCCCCUCUUGUGGUCCACUGUAUUAGUGAAAUUGAACAUAGAGGACUGCAUGAGGCUGGAUUGUACCGUCUGUCAGGCGCCGAUCGAACAGUAAAGGACCUAAAAGAAAAGUUUCUCCGGAGCAAAAACGUUCCUGUCCUCAGCAAGGUGGAGGACAUCCAUGCUAUCACAGGCCUCCUCAAGGAUUUUCUGAGAAACCUCAAGGAGCCUCUUCUUACCUUCCGCCUGAACCGCCCAUUUAUGGAUGCAGCCGAAGUUUCAGAUGAUGACAACAGCAUUGCUCUGAUGUACCAAACCAUCAGUGACCUUCCACAGCCUAACAGAGACACACUUGCUUUCCUUGUCCUCCACCUUCAGAGAGUUGCUGACAGUGUGGAGACAAAGAUGGAUAUCCAUAACCUUGCUCGAGUGUUUGGCCCGACCAUUGUGGGUCAUGCAGUUCCCAACCCGGAGCCCAUGACAAUCCUUCAGGAUACUAAACGACAGCCAAAGGUUGUGGAGCGUCUUUUGGCUCUGCCGGUGGACUACUGGGGCCAGUUUGUCAUGGCAGCAAACGAGCAGCCAAACCUGGAUCACCUGAUCAUAGAGAAUGCUAACUGCUAUGCCACACCGGAAAGAGCAAGCAUGCUGGGACCUCUGACCACUCCAGAGCACCACUUCAAUAAAACCCCCUCCUCAAGCUCCCUAUCUCAACGCAUGAAGUCCUCUUUGACACCCAGAUUUGGGAGCAAGAGUAAAUCAGCGGUUGCAAUUUCUCGUCAAGGAAAAUUCUUUGCAUCUCCUCUCCUCAAAUAAUCCAAAGCAUCUCCAUUUAGCUUUUACUCCUACUGCAAUAACAAAGUAUCUUUUAUACAUUACAUUCAUUAUAGCUAUAAACUCCUCAGUGGUAGACUUUCUAUAUGUAAUUAUACUUGUUUUAAUAAUUGGCAUUGGUAACAGUUGUAUUUUGAUUGUAGCUGUUUGUAAAAUAAGUUUUGUUUUAAACCAAAUUAUAGCAUUUUUAAAAAUCUAUGCACACUUCCGAGCCGUUGCUCUGAUGCUUCAGUAAUCACUGAGUAUGGCGUUCUCAUCUUCCAACUCACCAGAGAAUGUACUGUAUUAUUACUCUUUAUGAGAAAAUUGUGCAUAGAUAAAAUAGGUCCUGAGUGUGCAGUGUGCAGGAUCUGCUUACAAACGUAAUCAUUUCUUUUGGCAGUGAUUCAACUCAUGUGUCACUCAGAAGUUGAAGAACUGAUGUAAAGGCAUUUCAUUUGACAGUUAAAUACGUGACUACUUGCGGUGUAAUUUUUGAGUUUUCGUGUUUGUUGUGCAUUCCUAUUUUUCAGUUCCAUGUGUUGUUUCCCUAGUUAAAUAUUUUUAAUCACACAUGCCAUGUCAUUUUUGCUGUGUGUGAUGACGAGUCUAGAUGACAAAAACUCACCCCAUAUAAGCAUAACUGGGUUUUUUUUGUUGUUUGUUUUUUUUAGCGUCAUGAGUGUCUGGGUAGAGGGGCACAUUUUGUAAUCCUCAGUCACUGUGUUUUACAGUGUUGUGUGCACCACCAGUGGCCCUAAAGAGUACUGUUUAAUGGGGUUAUGUCACAGGCAGUAUCCUCAGCUUUGUCGGAUCUUUGUGCUCAUUUAAUGUUUAUUGCUCUGUGUAAUGUUUGUACUGAGGGAGGAUGUUUUCAGGCGGCAUUGUACUGAAAGCAAUUAUCUUGUACGAUUAGCCAGUUCAGAUAUUGUGGCAUUAUACGAUUUAACUAUUAGCAUAAGUUGCGGACAUGUGUAAUCUGAAAUUUGUGUAAAUUAUAAAAUACAUUCUCACACACAAAAAUGGCUCGUGCCCUUUUUCUUAAGUGCUUUGUCUGUGUUUCCUUUUACUUGAAGUUUUACUACUGUAAGGUGGAUACAGGUGGAGGGAGAUGAGAGACUGCUAAUGAGAUGUGUUAGACCUCUGCACUGUACAAACUUGUAAGAACACCAAAAAAGGAUCUUAUCUCA